ACUUGUGCGAUUAUUUCACUCUUUUUCGUGUGAGGAAGGAGAUCUACCAAAGAUGGCUAAAGCUUCAACGUUGGCCGAAAAUUUAGAGAAGGAGUUGGAAUGUGCUGUGUGCCUGGAGCAGUUCAAAGAUCCCAAAGUUCUUCCAUGCCUUCAUUCCUUCUGCAAAAUAUGUCUGGAGGGGCUGGUCUGUAGAGAAAGAAAAACUUGGAAGUUGAACUGCCCUUCUUGUCGGAUUAUUGUAGAGAUUCCAGAUGGUGAAGUUGAUUCUCUGCCAAUUAAUUUCUUCUUGAACAAUUUAUUAUCUAUGGUUUCCCUUCAUGGAGAUUCAGGGAGUAGUAAAUUGGAGUGUGAUAACUGUGAGAGUGGCGAUCCGCCUGUGAACAGAUGCAACACAUGCUGCCAUUUCCUCUGUGAAUUUUGCACACAAGCUCAUCGGAGAGGGCGUGGCACAAGCUCACAUGGUGUGGUGUCGAUUGACGAAGCUAAAAAGAUGGGAUCUGUGGCUGUAACCAAACCAAGUCUUUGUAAUGAACAUGAUGGAGAGUUGUUAAAGCUGUUUUGUGAGACAUGUGAGGAGGCUAUCUGUAGAGACUGUACCAUUGUGAAGCAUCGAGAGCACCAUUAUACUUUUGUAAAAGAUGCUUUUGCAAAGAAUAAGAAAAUCAUGGUGGAGAUUCUUUCAAAGACAAAGGGACAAGCAGGGUCACUGAAGAAAGCAAUAGAUGGUGUCUCAGAGAUGAGAAGAAGUGUUGAUUUAAAUGCAGAUCAAACUGUUCAAGAAGUGCUUAACUGUUUUCUGAAAUUAUCAGCUCGUCUGAAUGCUCGCUGUGAGGAAUUGAUUCAUGAUGUUGAAGAAAUAAAAAAAGUGAAACAGAAGUCUUUGGAAAUUCAACAAGAAGAACUGGAAGCAGCCUUAGGAAGUGUGCAAAGUAGUGUAGAAUUCACAGAGAAGGCUUUGGAAAAUGGAAGUGAAGUUGAGAUUUUGAACAUGCGCAAGCAAAUGUCAAGCCGAUUAGAAGAACUAAAUUCAUUAAAGUGGCAGCUGGAACCACGGGUGCAUGAUAUAUUUAAGUUUCUUGCUGAGGAUCAAUUGCUGGAGAAGAUCACUAACUUUGGUCAUGUUGCUAGUCAUAUAAGGGCAUAUGCCAGUAUGUCAACCGUAACUUUGGGACAUGGGAUAGAGGGUUUGAUGUACAAUACAAUCAGUGGGCAGCCUGUUGAAUUCAUAGUAACUGCUAAAGAGUGGGAUGGAAGGAAACGAGAAGAAGGUACUGAUGCUUGUGAAGUAGAAAUUCGCUCCCAAUCUGGUGAAACUGCAUUUAGUGACUAUGCUAAAGAUAUUGGCAAUGGAACAUACAGCUUUUGUUUUACUCCAAACGAAUUACAACCAAAUGAGUACCAAAUGUCAGUGAAACUGAAUGCUUCUCAUGUGAAAGAUAGUCCUUGUACAUGGAUUACUGAAAAUUGGAAACUUUGCACAGCAAAUGGCAAUUACCCGUAUCAAUAUAAUUAUUCCAUUACCCUGGACAGUAACUCUUUGAGGGCAACCUAUGGGACAUAUAACCAUUAUUUGGACACAGGUUUUUUUUCAGGCACUCAUCUUCAACGGACUGUUAUUGUGCCUCCAAGUGACUAUGGCGUUACCUCAACUUCUACACCAGUACCUCUCACAGUCUUUGGGACAUCUCAAUUUCAGUUUGGUAGGCAUUCAUGGAAAGUACAAAUAUGUGGUGAUAACUUUGAAAAUUUUUGUUUUGGUGUUGGCGUUAGUCCUGCUGCACAGCAACCUUGUCAAAACAAGUGGACAUGGACAUCAGGAAACAAAUGGGAGCCUUUAAAUCAGCUUCAGAAAAGUAAAGUGACAGUUUGUAGUAGUGGAGACAUAAUUGAAUUUUACCUGGACUGUGAUAAUGGAACACUUAGAAUGUAUAAUCAGGGUACCAACGAGUUUGACACUUGGAAAGGUGUCAAUGGCAUAGUGCGUCCCAUGUUUCAAAUGGGUAGUUGUAAUCAACAGGUGUCCUUAGUUCUUUAGGAAAACAAGAAAAUCUAUGUU